AUCCUUCAGGUGAAGUUCCUGCCUCCAAGAGGCCUUUAAUGGCUCCUCACACUGUCCUCCCUUCCAGUCUGGUCUUGGAAAACCUCGAACAGACAAUUGUCUCCGGUUUUGGAACACUGGAGAGUCAGCAGGAUUUCCGAACCCCAGAGUUUGAAGAAUUUAAUGGAAAACCUGACUCCCUCUUUUUCAAUGAUGGCCAGCGAAGAAUAGACUUUGUUCUAGUCUAUGAAGAUGAAAGUAAGAAAGAGACUAAUAAGAAGGGUUACAAUGAGAAACAAAGGAGAAAAAGACGAGCCUAUGAAUCUAACCUCAUCUGUGAUGGCCUGCAGCUGGAAGCAACCAGAUCAGUGUUGGAUGACAAGCUUGUAUUUGUAAAAGUGCACGCCCCGUGGGAGGUGCUGUGUACGUACGCUGAGAUAAUGCACAUCAAAUUGCCUCUGAAGCCCAAUGAUCUGAAAACCCGGUCCUCAGCCUUCGGUAAUUUCAACUGGUUUACCAAAGUCCUCCAGGUGGAUGAGAGUAUCAUCAAGCCAGAGCAGGAGUUUUUCACCGCCCCGUUUGAGAAGAGCCGCAUGAAUGACUUUUAUAUUCAGGAUAGAGAUACAUUCUUCAAUCCAGCCACCAGAAGCCGCAUUGUUUACUUCAUCCUUUCUCGGAUCAAGUAUCAAAUAACGGACAAUGUUAAAAAGUUCGGGAUUAACAAGCUUGUGAGCUCCGGGAUCUACAAGGCAGCUUUCCCUCUCCAUGAUUGCAACUUCAGCACUCCGUCAAAGGACCUCAGCUGCCCCAAUGAACGGUACCUUCUGUACAGAGAGUGGGCUCAUCCUCGAAGCAUAUACAAGAAGCAGCCCUUGGAUCUCAUCAGGAAAUACUAUGGAGAGAAGAUUGGAAUCUACUUUGCUUGGCUGGGCUAUUACACUCAGAUGCUCCUCCUGGCAGCAGUCGUGGGCGUGGCUUGCUUUCUCUACGGAUAUUUUAAUCAAAAUAACUGUACCUGGAGCAAAGAAGUCUGUGAUCCUGAUAUUGGCGGCAAGAUCAUAAUGUGUCCUCAGUGUGACAGGCUUUGUCCAUUCUGGAAGCUCAAUGCUACUUGCGAGUCCUCAAAGAAAUUGUGCAUCUUUGACAGUUUUGGAACCCUAGUCUUUGCAGUAUUCAUGGGGGUCUGGGUCACCUUGUUUCUGGAGUUCUGGAAGCGGCGCCAGGCAGAACUUGAGUACGAAUGGGACACAGUUGAGUUGCAGCAGGAAGAACAACCCCGGCCAGAAUACGAGGCGCGGUGUACGCACGUGGUGAUAAAUGAGAUUACCCAGGUAAAGCGGGCGCUACUGAGACGCACUUCAGUCUGUUGGUUGCAGGGCUUCCCAGCCUUGGCUGCACAUCGGAAUCGCCAGGAGACCUUAAAAGAUGUUGGUGCCCGGGUUCCAUCACUACAAACUCAGACGGUACUUAGUGGCCUGGGGUGCGUUCUGGCACAGGGAAUGUUUCUCAUGCUGCUGUGUUUAUUGUGCUUUCAGAUCCUGUUGAUCAUUGCUUCAGUUAUUGGGAUCAUUGUCUACAGGCUCUCAGUGUUCAUUGUAUUUUCUGCCAAACUUCCCAAGAACCUGAAUGGAACAGACCCCAUCCAGAAGUACCUGACUCCGCAGAUGGCCACGUCCAUCACUGCUUCCCUCAUCAGUUUUAUCAUCAUCAUGAUCCUGAACACCAUAUAUGAGAAAGUGGCAAUCAUGAUUACUAACUUUGAGCUCCCAAGGACCCAGACUGACUAUGAGAACAGCCUGACCAUGAAGAUGUUCCUAUUCCAGUUUGUCAACUACUACUCUUCGUGUUUCUACAUCGCGUUCUUUAAGGGCAAAUUUGUGGGUUAUCCGGGAGAUCCGGUGUAUUGGCUGGGAAAAUACAGAAAUGAAGAGUGUGACCCAGGUGGCUGUCUCCUUGAACUGACGACACAGCUGACAAUAAUCAUGGGAGGAAAAGCAAUCUGGAACAACAUACAAGAGGUGUUACUUCCCUGGGUCAUGAAUCUCAUUGGACGGUAUCGCACAGUUUCGGGAGCAGAAAAGAACACCCCACGAUGGGAACAGGACUACCAUCUGCAGCCCAUGGGCAAGCUGGGAUUAUUUUAUGAAUACCUUGAAAUGAUUAUUCAGUUUGGGUUCGUCACCUUAUUUGUGGCCUCUUUUCCGCUGGCCCCACUGUUGGCUCUGGUGAACAAUAUACUGGAAAUCAGAGUGGACGCAUGGAAACUGACUACCCAGUACAGACGCAUGGUGCCAGAAAAAGCGCAGGACAUCGGAGCGUGGCAGCCCAUCAUGCAAGGAAUAGCAAUUCUGGCUGUGGUGACCAAUGCCAUGAUCAUCGCUUUCACAUCAGAAAUGAUCCCCCGCCUGGUGUAUUACUGGUCCUUCUCCGUCCCGCCCUAUGGGGACCACCUGAACUACACCAUGGAGGGCUACAUCAACAACACCCUCUCCUACUUCAACAUCGUGGACUUCAAAAACAAAAACAAGGACAACCCAUACACUGGGCUUGGUGACCAUACCUCGUGCAGGUAUCGUGAUUUCCGGCACCCUCCCGGACACCCACAGGAGUAUAAACACAACAUCUACUACUGGCAUGUGAUCGCAGCCAAGCUGGCUUUCAUCAUUGUCACGGAGCAUAUCAUCUACUCUGUGAAAUUUUUCAUUUCGUAUGCGAUUCCCGAUGUCUCGAAAAGCACGAAGAGCAAGAUCAAGAGAGAAAAAUACCUAACCCAAAAGCUCCUUCAUGAGAACCACCUCAAAGAUAUGACGAAAAAUAUGGGGGUCAUAGCUGAGCGGAUGGUAGAAGUGGUGGACAACAAUUUACGACCAAAAGUAGACUAAGAGCUUUAUGUUCUGAGAAGCACUUUAAAGAAUGUAGCUCUGUCCAAAUAUAUUAUGAAUCACUAAUGAGAAUGUUUUAAGUUAAAUCACUUUGGCAGACAUGAGUCUUAACAAUGGCCAUUUUCAUGCAGUUUACUUUUCAGUUUCAGCGAGUGAUGCAGGAACUGAAAAUGCAAAAUUUAGAUCAAGAAGGGCAUAAAGCUAAUCACCUGGAAAACCUGAAAUGUUACUUUUUUUUCGAUAAAUUGGUAUUUUUUAGCAA